AUGACAGGUGCGAAACUGCCUCGGCUGCAUCCUGCAUCGUGGGCGACUGAUCUCCUGCUAUCUGAGGUUUGCAGCGACAAGAAUCGAUGCAUCUUCAUCAUUGGUAUGUAUUCCCUAUGGAUGCAAAGGAACUCUCGCCGCCAUGGUGAAGCUGUGAAACCGAUCAGGUUAGCCGUUCAAUGGGCCAUCGACACAGCGUAUGACCUCUGGCUACUCAGCACGCCUCAGCAGCAGACGGUCUCACAGCGAACUGCUGCAGCUUGGCGACCGCCACCAGAGGGCUGGUUCAAGUGCAAUACUGACGGAGCUUUUUAUCCACAACGGGGGCGGGGAGCAACUGGAGUUGUACUCCGUGGCAACACCGGUAUUUUCAAUGCAGGAUGUGCACGGUGGUACCCCCAUGGCCUGGAUGCUCUAACCAUGGAGGCCCUAGCCUUCAGAGGGCGUGAUUCUUGCAAAGGAUAA